AUGCUGCGAGGGUCUCCAGCGCACAGGCUGCGUCUGAUAGCGCGGCAUCUCACGCCCAGCAACUUCCGCACCGCUACAGCCUCUCCGUCUCUCUGCUCGCUCUCCUCGUCCGGCCCCACCUCUCGCUCGUUCGCAUCCACCGCAUCGACCGCACAAGACGCACCAGCAACACCACGAAAAGGCUCAUGGGUGUUCACGACAGCCGCGGCAGCGCACGGCAAGCCGCAGUGGAAACCUCGCAACAGCUCUCCUUCUCCCAAACCGCAACCAAAGAAAGUCGCGCAGGGAUUGCCGGCGGAUCAUCCGCUUGUUGCGUGGAGGGAGGAGCAGCUGAGGGAGGGCAAUGCGCCGAAGGAGCUCGGAGCGGGACACGACUUUUGGAUGGUCCAAGGUGUGCCAGAGAACGAGGGGAGCGGAAGGAGCGGGACUAAGGGCGUCGUGCUGGGCGUGGCAGACGGCGUCGGCGGCUGGGAAGAGUCUGGAGUCGACCCUUCCCACUUCUCCCAGGCCUUGAUGUGGUUCGCACGCGAGCGAAUCUCCUCUUCUCAAUGGACGCUACCCGAAGAAGGCGGCAAGCGAAGUGGGGCCAGGAUGAAAGAACUGCUAGACGGAGCUUACAAGGAGGUCAUGGCGGAGACCGGGAUUGUUGCGGGAAGCUCGACGGCCUGCUUGGUUGCGCUAGACGCGGAGACGGGCAUGUUGCACGCGGCGAAUCUCGGCGACUCUGGCUUCUACAUCCUGCGCCCCGUCGACCCUUCCACCCUUCCGCCCACUCCCCCUCCCUCUCCCUCCGCCGACGGCUCCCCUUCUCCCGCCCCUCCAAUCCACUACAAGCUCCACCACGCUCAAGAACCCCAAGUCUACUUCUUCAACGCCCCGCGGCAGAUGUCGAAGAUCCCGCAGGCCGUGCUGGACAAGGCCAAGCGCGAGGGGAAGCAGGGUGACUUGUUCCGCGCGACGGCGGACGAGGCGGAUACGGUGUCGGUGCAGCUGAAGGAUGGAGAUAUCGUCAUGCUCGUCACGGACGGGUACUCGGACAACAUCUGGGCCGAAGGCGAGACGGACCGCCUCGUCUCCCUCAUCCGCACCAAGGUCGCCUCCUCCGCCUCCCCCUCCUCAACCGACUCCGAACUCGCCUCCGCCAUCGCCCAAACAGCCGUCAACUUCGCUCGCAUGGUCUCGUUCCGCAAAGACGCGUACACGCCUUUCUGCGCUGAGGCGAAGCGGUGGAAGAUAAGGGGGAUGGACAGGGGUGGGAAGGUGGAUGACGUGACUGUCGUCGUCGCAAUUGUGCGAAAGCAGGACGGGGAGGAGGAAGGGAAGCAGUAG